AUGAGCAAAGAGAGGAUUCAACAACAUGAAAAAAAAUGCCAGAAAGGAAUUAUCACAAGAAAAAAAAGAACUGGUGGAGGGCCACCACCACCCAAACCUUCCGAUACCAGUGAAUGGCUGUGCAGCAUAAUGGGUGAAUCAAUAGUGGGUCUUCCAUCCACACAUGAUUCAGAUUUUAUUUUUGAUAAUAAUACUCCACAGUUGAAUGGUGAAGCAGCUCAACCAAGUGUUGCUCUUUCAAAUAUUGAGGAGGAAAUGUCUAUGGUGUCGUAUACAGAUGGACACAAUGACGGAGUUAUCCAUGAUGUUGCUCAUAUUGUGCCAAUUCAUGAUGUUCCAGAAAAUGAAGAGACUCGGGAGACUGUGAAAUUUGACACGAGCACACCACAUACAAUGCUGCGAAAACCUCUUUCUAAACCAUUAGAUAGAUACCUACAUUUAAACUGUUUUCAGAAUAUUGUCAUUUUGAAAUAUUACGAAAUGAUGUACAAUACUGGACAAGAUAAACUAUACGGGAUAUUACACCUCGUGUUCUUAUCUGGUAGUGUUGUAACUGGUGAAUAA